ACAAAAGCUAACCUAUAACCAAUUUAAAAAUCAGCUGUAAAUAUUGAAUCUGUCAUAACAAUUCUUUGUCAAAACGUUUCGUGUUCAUAAAUUUUUAAAUUUCGAAAAAUUAAAAUGUUUAAACACUCGGAAAACGAAGAAGAUUUAUUUUUUGCAACCGUAAACACUAGUUCGAAAUUAGCGUCAAUUUUUGAUACAACAGUGGUUCCCGAUACAUUGGAAUCAUCAAAUAAUGCAGAUUUAACAUAUUCUGCACCAAAGCAACCGCCAUCAACACCCCAAACAGAAAAAUUAAGCGCGAAAAAAUCUACAAAAUCAACUGGAAGUCAUGUUUCACUUGUAAAAGUUGUCUAUGGUUAUAAAUAUAUAAAUAAUGCGUACGAAUCUCUUGGGAAAGUUGGAUUUGCGUUAGUUGAGUACCCUGAUACAAAUCAACAUAAUAUUAUCAUGUACAAAGAUAAAAAUAAUCACAUAUUUAAUAUCAAAGUGCAUAAUAGAAUUGUUUUUACAAUACAAGAAGAUAAAUAUUUAACUUUACUCGAUGAACAGAAAAGAAAUUGGUCGAUACUGUUUGAGAGUCAAAUGGAUUUAAAGGAAUUUUAUAAAAAGUUAGAAACAACAGACGCAAAAAUUAUUCAAACUGAUUGUAAAGAGAAAAAAGAUACUAAUGCAUAUCAGUCGAAAAUCGUAGAACAACCCAGCAAAAAAGACCCAAAACGGGAAAUCCAAGAAAACAGUGAAGAGGAAAUUACAUCUAAAUCAAAAACAGAUAUUCUUACACGAAUGGCUAAAGUUGGUCAAUUAGUUGGUCUACCCUCGGAAAGACAAUUACAUAAUACAGAAGUUACUGAUUCAGAAAGUGAUUGUUGUGAUGAAAGAAUAGUAGCAACAAAGACUACAAAACGUUCCAACAAGGUUAAUGAGAUCACCGAUUUGGUUCCAUCAAAACAUCAGUAUAGUAACAGUCCAUUACAUAGUGAAUGUAUUUUAGUCCAACAAAAUCAACAAAUCAAUGAAAAUUUGGGAACUUUGUUAACGGAAAAUCGUUCACAGAAUACAGAGGUACAAAUGAAUUUAUUAAAAAUAGAAAAUAAAAUUGAUCAAUUAUUUGGUAAAGUACGUAACGACAAUGAAAAUGACGUGACCGCAGAAAUUCAAAAAUUACAAUUACAAAAUGAAAAAUUAAAGUUAGAAUUACAGAAAAUAGAAUUGAAUAAAUUGUUAUCACAAGAUCAGAAAAUUUUAACUGAAAAAAUGGAAAUUGGUGUCCAAUCUAGUUCGAAUUUAAGUAAAGAUGACUCAAAUUUAGAUUGUAUCGGUGAAAUUAGUUCUGAAAUAAAAACAUUACGUGAAAAUUGUGAAAAAUUACUAAAAGAAACUGAAAAUAUAGAAAAACGUAAUCGAAUACAAGAACUAAAAAUCAAAGAUUUAGAAGUGCAUUAUUUUCAAAAACAACCCGUACCAAAAUUGGAUGGAAUUGACGAGGAAGCAGUUAUACAAAGUAUUAAUGAAUUUACUGAGGAAAAUAGCGGUAUACGUGAUAAAAUAAAACAGUUAACGGAUUCUAUGCAAGAAUACGUAUCUGCAAUGGAAAUACACGAACGUAAAAUGUAUCAAUUAAAAAAAUAUUAUAAUUUGCUUGAUGUAAAUUUGAAUGAAAAAAAUGAUAGCAUGAAUGAAAUGGGGAGAAAAUUAAAUGAGUUCGAUCAACAUAUUGAACAAAUUCAACAAAUAAAAGAUAAAUUAGAUGAAACAUUGAAAUCCAUACAUUAUUUUGGAGAUAAAAUUAGCAAACAAGACGAUAAAUUAAAUGAAAUAAUAAAUAAUUUUGAGAACCAUCCCCCAAUUGAUCACAGUGCAAUUACCACAAAUACCAGCCUUAGUGACGUUGAUAUUAGUAUCUGUAGUGCAUGUUUACAAUCAAAAGCGAAUUUGAAACAUAAAGAAGAGACUCCAAAAAAUAGUGACUCAAAAAUAACUGAGUUAGAUAAAGAAGGAGAGGAUAUAAGUGAAAUAGCUAAGCGAAAAAUUGGUGAUAAUAUAGCACCAUUUAUUAAAGAAGAAAUGAAUUCGUUAUUUAGUGAAUUACAAAAUGUUUUAAAAGAUGAAUGUCGAUUGGAGGCCACAACAAUGAUUGUCCAGGCGACGUAUAGAAUUAUUCAUAACAUUAAUUCGACUGUUUAA